CAUGUUAAUGCCUCCGAGCUAAUAAGGAGGAUAUUCCGACCCCUGAAAAUUACUGGAAUAGGUAUAGACUUUAGCCCUGUUUGAAAAUAAUUUUAGGAUACAUGGAAAACCCCCCUAUUCAGAAGUAUUUCUGAUCGAUCCUUAAUUGCUGGCCGUUUUCUUAGUUAAAGCGCAGCACCCUCUCUAUGUAGGUGCGAGGAGGCAAAAGCCAGCACUAAUAGGGAUACAUGAGGCCUCGUAGACAAUGCCGACAGAGGCUCUGCCACCACGUACGGUUAAAGUAGUAAGAGCCAAUCGGUCUUAAUAUUUCCCCAAUCCCAUGUACCAAUGGCAUUUUUUCUUAUUUACAAUAUCUCACACUUACACCAUCGAGAUCUUUGGCUUAAUUGCCCAUCUUUCUCUUACCUACUAGCCUCAUCGUCCUAAUCGACAUGACCCUAGAUUUGAAGCUCGAUUUCUACCCCGCAUCAGACCCCAGCCGCACAGGGGUUCUCGUGCUCCCAGGUGGCGGGUACGAGUUUAUUUCCAUGGAUAAAGAAGGAACGGCUCCAGCACGAUGGCUCAACGACCAUCGGUUAGAUGCAUGGGUACUCUCAUACACGACCGCCGGUCCGUCAAGUCCAGCGCCCAUCUUCCCAGCUCCGCAACGCGAGGCGCUCGAGGCAGUGCGGCAGAUUCGGGCGUCGGGGCGGGUCGACAAGCUAGGAAUAUGGGGCUUUAGCGCCGGCGGGCAUCUUGCAGCUGUGACGGUGACGGAUCCCGGUGCAAACCUAGAUUUUGCGAUCCUUGCUUAUCCGGUUAUCAGCAUGGCGGCGGGUACAACCCAUGAGGGCUCGCGACGCAACCUGAUCGGCGAUGGGUGCGAAGCUGGUAGUGACGCCGAGAAUGCCAUGUGUGCUGAGAAGCGCGUCGACACGAACACACCGCCAACGUUCCUGUUCCACACCGCAAACGACGAUGCAGUGCCAGUCCAGAAUACGUUGGAGUUUGCUACAGCGAUGGCCAAGCACAGGAGGCCAUUUGAAGCUCUUGUUCUUCCGGAUGGUCCACAUGGGCUAGGGUUAGCACUUGGGGAUGAACGGUUGGGUUGGACGAGUGAAUUAGAGAGAUGGUUGAAGUUUUCCGUUUCAAAUGUUUAGACUCCCAUAGAGCACCUUGUUAAGAGUAUGCCUUCAAUGUUCAGCAAAAAUCAGAAAACCCCGCUAUACUGGGGCUUCUCUAGACAUAGCUAGAACGUAGAUACUUGAUAUACCUAUGCUAUUUCCGAUAAUCAGCGAUCGACUAUAUUCUAUGAGGAUUAUGUCGAAAUAUACUCUACAUAAAAGCAAGGCUUGGCACGACUACUGGGUCUCAACCCUUUCACCGGCUGCGCCAUUUAAUCGAUAGAAAGGGUUAUAUAAAACAUGUACUGCUUAAUUCACGUAAGAUCGAUGUAGUUAAGUUAUCACAAAUCUCACAAGUGACAAAAUAGUACAAAAUUAAGC